AUGAUUUCAAGGCAUAUAUGUUCAGCAGCUAGGAUUAGUCGAAGGACAUAUCUGAGCAAUCCACUUCUGUUCAUACCAAACGAAGAUAGACAUAUUUUUGAUGGUGAAAAAUUGACUGCAGAACAGAAUGAAGCUGCUAUACCAGAUAGACCAAUAUUUGAAGAUGUUGAAAGAAUUAAUUUUAACAUAGCUAAUCCAGAAGAGAUUGCAGAUAUCAUAUCAUAUCCUGAUGAAAAUGAUUUUCUAAUCACAGUUCUUGCCAAAGAAGGGUCUUUCUUGGGAAAUCCAAACAAGAAAUUUGUCGUGAAAGAUUCUACUCAAGGUCUGGUUGAUCUCAAGUUUCGUUUUGCAAACAUAGCUUCAAGUUGGAUUGAAGUAUUUAAUAAUACCAUAAUACCUUUAACCGACCUUCCAGAAUCAAGUAGCUUACAGAGUUUUGGUAAACGAGAUACUUUCACCAAUAUUGCAGCAAAGAAAGAGAAUUUUGUGAAGAUCUAUCCAGACUUGUACACUGAAUCCAAACUAAGAGAAUUCUUCAAAUAUUUAAGAGCAUUUGAGAAUAGUGAGAAGACUUUACAAGGGCUAUUCUCUCCAGCUGAGCUUUUGAAUACUAUUACUUUUGAGGAUACAUGUGUUUAUUUGCUUCAUGAAGAAGAGGUAUUAAACAAUGAUGAGAAAUUCUCAAUUGUUUUAAAAUUCUUCGAAGAUCAUAGUGAAUUCUCAUCCAUUAGUAACUUCAAAUCAAUCUUAUCUUAUUUGGUGAACUAUUUUGAUAAAUCAGACAUAAUUGAAAAGCAGAAUCAAAUAUCAGCAUUUGCAUCAUUCCUCAGAGCCACUUUCCCAAACUUUGAUGUUAUUAAAGAUUUAGAUGUCGUAGUUUUAGAUAAAUUAGCCUUAAUAUUAUCUAGAGCUAAUGAAUUACAAUAUGCAAAUCAAAUACUUUCAGUCAUAGUACAGUCCAAACAAUGCUGUCCAUCACAAGAUACCCUUGAUCUGUACUUAUCAUCAUACGAAAGAUCUAUACCUCAAGAUAAGGAACAAUUUCUUAAAGAUAUCACAUCUUUGAAACCAGCAUUUUUUCAUAAAUCAUUGAGUGAUAUUUCAUUUAAAGUUUUAUUAAAUAAUGCAGUUGGUGAUGCUAAAGAUCUUCAUCAAUUCUUAAACCUUGUGGAUAAUGCUGAAAAUGCAAGUACCUUGUAUUCUAAAUGUCAUUAUGAUUUAUUUUCUAAAUUAAAGUCAAUUCAUGUCAAUUCCGAACACACAUCAAAUAUAAUCAAAGGGCUCAACUACAGUUUAUUGUUUAAGAGAUUACAAGAAAAGGAGAGUGUCAAUAUUGAUGAUCAAACUAAGAUAUUACUUUCAAACGAAUAUAAAAUCCUAGGAAUGGAUGAAAACGCAAAUGCGUUAGACAUUAUAUGA